ACUUGUCAUCUUGUCAGUCAAACCGGUCAGCUCAGCUUCGAGUUGUUGGAAGUUGUUAGAAGUGAUGACGAUUUAUAAAAUGCUUAGAUUUUCCCUAUUAGUAUUUUCAUCGAUAUUGUUAGUAAAUGCACAGGUUCAGAUUGAACCGAAGCUCGUUAACAAAAAUGUAGAACGUACGAUCGAUUUAACUUCUCACUUGGUCAAAUUAACAGCAACGAUAACCUUAGAAAACACAGGAUCAUCGCCGAUUUCCAAUUAUCUCGUAGUUCUUGAGCCUGAAACUGCAGGUAAUCUCUCUUUUAUAUCCGUUAAAGAUGCCCUUAAAGAAGAAUUGAAAAUAAAAGCAGUAGUUGUUGCUGGACACAAAGAUAAGGUGUUCUACAAUGUUCAGUUGAAACAGCCUCUUGGAGCAUCUAGAACUGCUGUAAUAUUUUUGGAAAGUGUACUCACAGGAGCCCUAGUUCCAUAUCCUAGUGAAAUUGCCCAAAAGGACAAGCAACUCGUGAGGUACUUCGGAAGCCAUUACUUCUACACUCCUUAUCAGACGAAUAAACAAACUACUGCUGUUACGUUGAGUUCAAGGAAUAUUGAGAAUCACACUAAAUUGAAACCAGUAUCACAGUCAGAUUCCACAAUAAAUUAUGGUCCUUACACUGACAUAGCACCUUUCAGUUUCGAUGAAAUGAGUAUUCAUUAUGAAAACAAUUCUCCGUUCUUGACUGUCACUCGUUUAUACAGAUUGAUCGAAAUUUCUCACUGGGGAAACAUUGCAGUUGAAGAAAAUAUCGAUGUUGUGCACAGUGGAGCAAAAUUGAAGGGACCUUUCUCCAGAUAUGAUUAUCAAAGAGAUACAAGCAGUAAUCACCACAGUAUUAAGUCCUAUAAAACCAUUCUACCAGCUGCAGCUUAUAAUAUUUACUAUAGGGAUAGUAAUGGAAAUAUUUCCACAUCAACUGUUCGUCCCAGAAAAGACUACAUUGAACUAGAGCUCAGACCAAGAUUCCCCCUGUUUGGAGGUUGGAAAAGUUCCUAUACUUUGGGAUACAACGUUCCUAGUUACCAGUAUCUGUAUAAGAAAGGAGGAAAUGAAUACGUACUCUCCAUGCGACUUCUGGAUCACAUAUACGAUGAUAUGCAUGUUGAAGAACUUCAAACAGAUGUGGUUCUUCCUGUUGGUGUACAAAACGUCAAAUUAUCAACUCCUUACGACGUUCAUCGUUUGGAAGAUGGAAAGACAUACAAAUACUUAGAUAAUCUUGGUCGUGUUGUUAUAAGGCUGAAGAAAACAAAUUUAGUGGAGCAGCACAUACAAGAUUUGGAAAUCACAUACCAAUGGGAUACGAUCACUCUCAUACACGAGCCUAUACUAUUAGCAUUGGCACUUUUUGCUUUGUUCAUUAUUGUUAUAAUCUAUGUGAGAUUAGACUUUUCUAUCCAUAAGUCUGAAAAGAAGGAAUAGUAGUUCAUUCACAGAGUGAAUGAAAUUGUGUCAGUUUUGUUACACUCUAGUUUUGUUCCGAUUGAUAAAAGCUUUCGUUAUUUUAUAGAACGGUGAUCACAAUUCAGGAAGAUUACAAAAUUUCCUCGAUGACAUUAGUAAUAGUAGGUUUUGUACUGAAAUACGAAAUGAAUAAAGCAUUUAUAUGAAUAGAUCAAAUAUAUAUUUAUAUGUA